AGGCAGACUGAGUUUGUAUUCCGUUAAUGGAGAAUGAAAUGCAACCUAGUAAGUAAUAAUACUUCCCAACAAGGAAAGUAAGUAACAAUGAGGUUGAGCCGACUUUGACCUUUUUACAACUUUAAAAAGAGAAAAUUGUGUAAUAGAUAAGGUGCGGCUCCCUCCCCCUUCUAAAUAAGAAUGCCUCGAAAUUUAAUUUUUCAAUUAGUAAGAUUUAUAUCAAUGAAGGAGGGAUAUGAAUUUUUUGAUCUUGAUAUAUAAAUUGGGGUUUAUUUCCUUUAUUUAUAUAUAUAUAAAUAAUUUUUACAACUGUUAUCUUCUUUAACUUUAAAAUCAUAUUCGUAUAUAUACUUAACCAUGUCUGAAAUAACUAAUUUAAUUUCUAAGCGUGCAGCUGCUAGAACUACUUCCCAUUUUACUACUGGUCCAACUGACGGAGCUCCAGUUGGUUUCAAAGCUCAUCCAAACCCAUUACCUUUACAUUGGGGGAUGCCAAAUAAUGGUUUCUUCCCUAUAGAUUCCAUUGAUCUUAAUUUGGUUGAUUAUCCAUUUCAAAAAUCGCUCCAAUUAACUAAUAAUUCAUUAGAGAAUUUAUCAUUAACGGGAUCAAGUAAUGGAGGUCAAAGCGUUACCCCUCCUUUACAACCAACUAAAAAUCUUAAAACAAUUAGAAUUGAAAGACAUACCACUGAUCCUGAUUUAAUUGAUAUUGCAACUGGUUUGCAAUAUGCUAAUGUUGAAGGUUUGAAACCUUUAUUGAAUUUCACCAGAGAUUUCAUUAAUAGAACUCAUAAACCAGGUUAUGACGAUUGGGAAACUAUCAUUACUAAUGGGGCUGGUGAUGGUUUAAAUAAAGCUGCUGAUGCUUUAUUGGAUCCUGAAGAUGUGAUCUUAAUUGAAGAAUUCACAUUCACUCCAUUUUUACAAAAUGUUAAAAAUGCGGGUGGGAUCCCAGUUCCAGUUAAAUUAACUAUUAAAAGUGGAAGUCAAGGUCUUGAUUUAGAAUAUUUAACUGAUUUAUUAGAAAAUUGGUCAACUAUUCAUCCUGAUAAAAAGAAACCAAAAGCUUUAUAUACCAUUGCUACUGGUCAAAAUCCAACUGGUUUAACUCAAACGGUUGAAUUUAGAAAGAAAGUUUAUGAAUUGGCUGAUAAGUAUGAUUUUGCCAUUAUUGAAGAUGAUCCUUAUGGUUAUUUAGCCUUACCACCAUAUCAAACCCCUUCUUCAACCAUUAAAUUGGAUACCUUCUUAACCGUUGAUGAAUAUUUGAAAGAUCAUUUAGUUCCAUCUUAUUUAGAAAUUGAUACUAAAGGUAGAGUGAUUAGAAUUGAAACUUUUUCGAAAUUAUUUGCUCCUGGUUUAAGACUUGGAUUCAUUGUGGCUCAUAAAGAAGUCAUCAAAGCAGUAAGUAACUAUUCUGCCAUUGUUACUAGAACUUCAAGUGGUACAUCACAAUUAAUCGUUAAUAAUGUUAUUCAACAAAAGUUUGGUGGGGUUGAUGGUUGGUUACAAUGGAUCUUAAAAAUGAGAAUCACUUAUGCUCAUAGAAGAGAUGUAUUAUUAAAUUCAAUCUACAAAUCAGAAGCUUAUAAGAAAAAGUUUAUUGAAGUGAUUGAUCCAAAAGCAGGUAUGUUUGUGGCACUUAUUGUCAAUUUCCCUGAAGGAACUGAUUUCCUUGCCAAAUUGAAACUCUUAGUAUGGAAGUUUGCUGAAUAUGGGGUAGGGGUAGUUCCAGGUAUUAAUAUGGCUGUUGAUAAGAAAUUCAGUGCAGAACAUGCUAACUUCUUUAGAUUAACUUACGCUCCAGCUAAUUCUGAUGAUGAGUUAAUUGAAGGAGGUAAAAGAUUAACUGAUGCCAUUAAUGAUUUCUUUGAAAAGGGUUUAGAGUUUUAAGUCAACAACUAGAAAGAUAUUCACGUAAAAAGUAUGUAAAACCAUUUGUUAAUUUAGAUUCUUAUAAUAUAAAAAACCAAUUAUAUUUGCAGUUAAUAUGUUCUUAGUUCGUAAAUUACUGUUACACGAAAUGGCCUAAAAUGGAAAUCAGACACAGACAGAAAAAAAAGAUUA